CUUGGUUGAUGGCCAAAGUCCAUCAUCCAAUCUGACAUAACGUGUCCUAACGGGACAGGCUACGAGGAUUUGUAGAACUUAGGCUGGUGGAAUUUUGUCCAACUCAAAACUGUGGCGGUGGGAUUUGGUGUAGUUGGUAAUUGUCUGGUGGGAUUCAAUGUGUACUCUGGUUGUCCCAUUUCGCGGUUAUUUAGCGAGUCACGUUGUACCUAACAACAAACACUAGACUAAAAUACUGAACAUCACGAGAUUCUGUCUCCAUUUGGUUAAGUUACUUAAUAUAUUAAUUUUGGUGUUAUACAUUCAUCUCUCGUCAAGCUGUACUCACUCACUUAUUUACGGCAUCUUCCGUUAUCAAUUUUCCGGCCUGGCGGUCGCUCCUCGGAUUUUCACCGUGGGCAGGUACUGGUCUCGCAUAGGGUCUUGGGUAUUCUCAAUAAGUAUCAAUUCAGGUUUAGUCUUGACUUUAAGAAAAUCCCACAAAGUGUUGCCACAACCUUCACUUGUAGUUUGUUCCACAAAUUUACAACGUUAAACUCUAAACGCUAAACUCCUGAGAGUUUUCUGUGGUAGUUUCUUCAGCUUGAGACUGUAUCCAUUUGUUUUUCUGCAGUAUAAACUGGCCAACAGCAGACGCUCAAAUCUCUCUUGCCCAUCGCAUGGAUAAGAAACGGUCUAUAGUAGUAUUCCCACUGUAAUAUGAAUUCAACGUGCAUUACGCUGAUUAUUGUGUUGUGUGUGUGGACACUGGUGAAAGUGACGCUGUGCUUACGACAUGACCAAAAUCCCCAGCUUGGCCUAAGGCACCACCCUGGCCUCCAGCAUCACAAUAGCUCUCCCUCAGUGGUUACGUCAAGACUGGACAGGAGCACAUCCCCAAGCAGAAAAGGUGAUGAUACUGGGCGCAGCUCCCCCAACAACCGGCGGAAUGUUGGUGGAGGAUCAGGGAAGGUGCUGGAGGACAACUCUGUGUUACUACGCUGCCCUCCCUGUUCUAAGGUGCACUGUGAGGAGCGUCGGCCUAGACGUCUGCGGUGUCCUGGUGGAGUGACGCGCGGGGUGUGUGGCUGCUGCCCUGUCUGUGCCAAGACUUUAGGACAGGUAUGUGGCGGUGCCUUGGGUUACCUGGGCAGGUGUGACGCUGGCCUCACCUGUCACCUGAGGGAACCUGUCGUAUGGACCUACCGAGCAGACGCCUCCCUCACCUACUACUCCAGGGUGUCUGGUAUAUGUGAAACAAGAAGCGAAGCAGAUUCUUCCUCCCAGCGGGGAUGGUGGCAGGAAGCAGGGACUGGAGAGCAGCCGACGAGAGAGGUUCUGCCGGGGGACGUGAGCCUCUGUCAGCCUCCCUGUACACACCAUUACUGCGCCAGCUUCCCUAAUGCCAUCUGCUCCGCCAGGUUAGUUGGGGAGGAGGUGGUAAGGUGUCGAGGGGUGUGCCAACAUACAGUGUGCCGUGCGUGUAGGUUGAGUGAUCCUCCCUCCUCCUGCCCCUCCUGCCCCCCUGAGGACUGGCCGUGUAUCCGUCGUUAUGGUCGCUGUGUUAAGAGGAACUACUGCACCAACCGUAAGAAGCACUGUAGACCCGCCCUGGCCAAGCAACGGUCGUCUGAGGGAAAAUUUGUCUGUCAAGUGCCUCAGUGUUCCUAGAUCUGUCACCUGGAGGCUUCAUCUACCACCCUGGAGGCUUCAUCUACCAACUGGAGGGUUCAUAUACUACCUGGAGGCUUCAUCUACCACCUGGAGGCUUCAUAUACCACCUGGAGGCUUCAUAUACCACCUAGAGGCUUCAUCUACCACCUGGAGGCUUCAUAUACCACCUGGAGGCUUCAUUUAUCACCUGGAGGCUUCAUUUAUCACCUGGAGGCUUCAUCUACCACCUGGAGGCUUCAUCUACCACCUAGAGGCUUCAUCUACCACCUGGAGGCUUUAUAUACUACCUGGAAGCUUCAUCUACCACCUGGAGGCUUCAUCUACUACCUGGAGGCUUCAUAUACCACCUGGAGGCUUCAUUUAUCACCUGGAGGCUGCAUAUACGACCUGGAGG